CGCGCGCUGAGGAUUUUUCGAUGGCUGGGCAGAGGCUGGCGGCGGGCUUCCUGCAGGUGCCCGCGGUGACACGCGCCUACACCGCGGCCUGCGUCCUCACCACGGCUGCAGUGCAGCUGGAGCUCCUCAGCCCCUUCCAGCUCUACUUCAACCCACACCUGGUGUUCCGGAAGUUCCAGGUCUGGAGGCUCAUCACCACCUUCCUCUUCUUCGGGCCCCUGGGAUUCGGCUUCUUUUUCAACAUGCUCUUCGUGUUCCGCUACUGCCGCAUGCUGGAGGAGGGCUCUUUCCGUGGCCGCAAGGCUGACUUCGUUUUCAUGUUUCUCUUCGGUGGUGUUCUUAUGACUCUGUUGGGAUUCCUGGGCAGCCUGUUCUUCCUGGGACAGGCCCUCAUGGCCAUGCUGGUCUAUGUGUGGAGCCGUCGCAGCCCUCACGUGAGGGUCAACUUCUUCGGCUUACUCAACUUCCAGGCGCCAUUCCUGCCCUGGGCCCUCAUGGGCUUCUCCCUGCUGCUGGGCAACUCAGUAGUCACAGACCUGCUAGGGAUCCUCGUGGGCCACAUCUACUACUUCCUAGAAGACGUCUUUCCCAACCAGCCUGGAGGCAAGAGGCUGCUGCUGACCCCCAGCGUGCUGAAGCUGCUACUAGAUGACCCUCAGGAGGACCCCAAUUACCUGCCCCUUCCCGAAGAGCAGCCAGAGCCCUAACUGCAGCUCCCGGAGCAGGAAGCCCACUGACAGCACUCUAUCCUUCCCUCCACCUCAGUUCCGGCUGAGCAGCCUUGGUGCCCCGGCCACCAACACCCUCCACUUCCCUGUGCCAUCUCUGCUCAGCGGUAAUAAUAGGACCCGGUGCCCAGAGAGGUCCCAGACUGCCUACGGAGGCCAAGCUGAGUUCUGAACUAGGUACCCACAGGCCUCACCUUCACGCUGCCCGUGCCUCCACAGAGACCUCAGCCCAGGCAACAGAAAUCCCACCUGUGGUGCCUGUGGGCUGAUGCCACCCCCUAGUCUGUCUUCAUUUAAAACAAGUCUUCACCUUCUCCAGCUGGUGAU